UUGUAGCAAGAUACGAAAAUUUGCAAUACGUGAGAUCAACAGGGCAUUGAUGCAUCGCAUGCGGCUCUCUUGUUGCUAGAGAAGACGAGAAUAGAAGUUGAAAUUACCUGGGUGGAGCAUUGUAAAAAUACGGCGGAAGGCUUCGCGUCGUGCACUUUCGAAGAUGUUUCGGCGAAGAGCUGAGGAUAGUGCCGUAACACUGGCACAAUCAGCAAUGUGCUGUGCUCGGGUGAAGGACCUACUGGAACGAUCCGUUCGUGACCUCCAGCAGUACCAAGCCAGUCAUGACUUCCCCGAGAUCAGCAGCUCUCUUUCGCAUGCAAGUGAUGUGUGCGUCGCGCUGGAGGGCGUUUUCCUGCACAACUUCCGCGCGCCGUUCACGGCCAAGAUGUCGUCGUCUCUCGCAAGACUUGGUCGGCGGCAGAGUCAAGAUCACUUGCCGGAAAUUUCCUUCUGGCCGUUCGUGGCACUGUACACGCCGCGCGAUUUCGUUGAGCAGAUCUUCUGCCUACAGCAGAUUAGCACUGAGGUUGGCCAAUGUCGGGCCUGGAUUCGCUUAGCUCUCAAUCACAGCCUCAUUCUGAGCUACGUUGAAGCGAUGCUGGCCGACAAAACUGUACUAACGUCUUGGUAUUCUGAAGGUGCAUUCUUGCUGGACGAGUCAUGUGCUACUUUGCUGUGUUCUCUUGUGAGAGGCCUAAGUAUCUGUGAUUUCAAGCUGAUGUACGAUUGCUCGACGCUGAACACGUGGACGCGACAAGUGCUGCAGAUGGUCGGCAUCUACCAGUCCUACUCCGGUGGCAGUGCAACCAGUUCAAGCGGUGCGGCGUCGGCAAUGACAGAAACAGGCAACGAUGAUGGCCCCGCCGUGAUCAGGCGAUCGAAAAGCGAGUCGGCUAAGCGGCACAAGUCGCGGCACAUCAGCGCCGACAACACUGUCAUACGCGAGCUACACAGCACGCCCGUAAUGGAGGUCGCCGACUCGCCUGGCUCUGGUAGUGGUGCUGGUGAUGUGGGCGCCGUGGCUGCUGCAGUCGGUACUUCACCGCGUGGCGAUGUGGAGCGCAGGGCAUCACUGCCGUCCAGUUUUGCUGACUCGUCGGCCAUGGUGUCUCGCAUGGGAGCCUUCGCUGAGAGCCAAGCAGCUAGUGGAGCUGUAGAAACACCCCCAGCAGCAGCAUCCCCUGCGGUGUCCCUGGGUGAGGAGCCGAUGUCUGGCAUGCAUCGCCAUCAGCCCGUGUCAUCGCCGCCGACGAACAGCAAUGGCUAUUCGUUCCGUCCCGGCACGUCGUUCAAGGGCGGAGGACUGGCCACGGCGGCCAUGUCCGGUGUGACCGAGUGUCGCGUGGAAUCCGUGGCGAUGCCGUCGACGGCCAGGCAGUCGAUAGGCGGCCACGCACACGGCAAACCCGCAGCGCACGGCAAAGUGCCGUCUUCUCCACCGGGUACGCAUGCCUCUCCCGUCACCACGUCGGCAUCCUCCUCCGCCAUGCAGAGUACCUCGGUAUCCAGCAGUGCGGGGACACGGCGAUCUCAACCACAGCCCGUGGCACCAGCACCGUCAUCGCAGCAGCAGCCGCAGCCGUCGCAAGACAAGCCGUCGAAACUGUCGCGCGCCCUGCGCAAGAAGAAGAAAAAGAAAGAGAAGGGAAAGGAGAGGGAUAGCGGCAAGUCGAGGCGAUCCAAGGUGAAAGCAGAGCUCACCGGGACUAUGACGAAGACGGCCGCAGGCCUAGGCUAUGAUGUUGUUAAUGAUGACCUGGGCAGCCAUCAGCCCGUAUCACGCGACGAUAAAUUGGAAGAUGGUCGCCUAGGUCUGAUUCUAAAGAUUUCGAAUGAGCAUGGCUUGGAAUCGCAGACAUAUCAAUGCCACAGUUGUACGCGACCAAUCGGAGUUUUGUUCGGCCCGGCAAAGGUCUGCUCCUACGAUGGCAGGUACUACUGUGCGGAGUGUCACCUGGACGAGGAGGAGCUGAUUCCGGCUAGGCUCGUGCACAACUGGGACUUCCACAAGUACAAAGUGUGCAAAGACAAUCUGGAGGUGUUGCACGUCAUGGAAGAGCAGCCCAUCAUCGACCUGGCCUCAACAAACCCAUCGCUCUACACGCACAUCUCCGAGCUGCAGGAAGCAAAGCUUCUACGAAGUCAGCUGAAAGCGUGCUACACGUACGUGUCCACGUGCAAGGAUCCGAAGAUUCUGGAGGAGUUCCAGAAGCGAUUACCACGGGAGCAUCUUGUCCAGUGUAACGAACACAUCUACUCCGUUCAGGAUUUGAUUCAGGUCCAGUCCGGAGUUCUGGUACCCAGCUUGAAGAAGCUGCUCGCGUUUGCGUCGAAACACAUUCAUGAAUGUGAAGUGUGUCGCAUGAAAGGAUUCAUCUGUGAGAUCUGCAAAGACGAGGAUGUCAUCUUUGCGUUUGACGUGGCCAGCUGCACGCAGUGUGCCCGCUGCCUGGCUGUCUUCCAUCGUACCUGCAAGGCCAAGGUUCCCUGCCCAAAGUGCCAGCGACUAGCCGCACGCCAACAGCGGCUGAUGAGCCAGAGUGACGGCAGCGAUGGCUGACAAUCUAGACGGUAGCAUUGUCUCUGUCUGUCUCUCUAUUUUUUUUAAUUUUCCUCCGUCAUCCGCCACACCAUAGCUGCGCUCUCCAGUCGAGGUCGGCUGGAGCGACCCUUUAUUUAAAUUUACUCCGAGCUAAACUAUACUAUAUCACGUCACGUUCUGGUUUGGGACGUCCCAGUGGUGGAGACAGAAUAAUAUUUUCCGCAUACCGGAGUUGCUUGUCUUUAUAUGUGAAAAAUAACGGAGAUGCAAAUACAUAAUGCUUGUCAAGUUAUCAUGAAAGAAAUUACAUGUAUGGAAGCACUUCCACAUGAAAGAGUAUGCUACCUUAUAUCUACCGGUACAUACUUUUGAAGCAUUCUAUGACAGAGACUUCUGAACAUUUUUUUAAUAAUGAAAUUGUAUGUAUGUUUGCUAGGGAUUUGCUGACAAUCAUCAUAAUCAUCAUAAUCAUCACUUACACAUGAAAUUUUCCUUUUAGGUCUAUCAUCUAGGAAGCAACCAUGAAAUUCACUCAACAUUUUUUUUAUUAGAUUAGGAUUGUCCUGGAGCAAUGAAUGUCGACUGAA